GGGAAAGAUCGAGCGCGCAGCUGGGCCGGCCCACAUGAGGCUGCUACGAGCGCCAGCCAAGCCUAAUGUCGUGCUGUGCCUGGUUCGUCUCUCUUCUCCCUCCUGAAGCGCCGGCGAAACACGACCGCCGCCGCAGCCGAGGGGAAUCAGGAGAGCAGCGCAGCAUGCGUCGUUAGGUGCUCCUGGGAGCGAGCGAGCGGACGGCGACUGACGCGCACCUCCCCUAAGACGGCUCCAGUUCCCUCGCCCUGUUGUCCCGUCUAAAUCGCCGGCGGCGUGGACGCAGCGAUGCUGCGGACAGCGCUGCGCCGGGGAGGGGCGGCCAUGAGGCAGGCCGUGCUGGACGAGGGAUCCACGGGGAGCCUUCUACGGCUGAGCGUGGCGGAGCGGGAGCGCUCUCGCCGGCGUCGGCGCGACCCAGGGCGCGAUGAGUUCUUCGUGCCGACGCCGGAGUCACUUAAAUGGCUCGACUCCGUCACCCUGCCCAUGAUCCUCACCGCCGCCGCCGUCGCUCUCUUCACCAAGCUUCUCAUGAUGGAACACGAAGCUACAGACCAAGAAAGGAGAGAACGCAAGAUUAAGAAUAGUCACCCUGAGCAAGGAACAGUAAGGAUGCUUUCACGUGAAGAGUGGGAUGAAAUCCAAGAAGUCAGGCCAAGGACCCCUUUUGAGUCAAAGAGGAUGCCGAGGAUUGGGCCGUUGAUGUGCUCACUGAUGCAUUUACUAGAGCGGAAGAGAGUGCUAAGCGGAAAUGAUUCAGAAGAAAGGCACUUUGAAGUUUUGUUUAGAGGAAACACUGUGGAGUUCUCUUGAAUGCACGUUUCUUGUUGUCUUUUGAAGUUUGAGUUCCUGACUCCUGGUAAAUGCUAACCUCCGCGGUGAGCUAUGCUAGCCGCUUAGAAUAUAUUUUUUCCUUGCUGCAAUAAAUUUCCCGAUAUACGAUUCUUUCGGUCUGUACAGAACCUUCUCCCUGUCAAUUCGAUGACCUGAAGUUGAUAUCGUUUGUUUGGAUGCAAACUAACAGUAGUAGUGGAUUGUAAGUGAAGGGAAAGAGGGGCUGUAUACUUUCAACAGUUCCGUUUAGGUCUCAGCCAUUCAUGCCUUGAGUGACAGGUCUGGGCUAGUAAUUUGAGGUACUGUUAUGGUUUAAA